CGCUAGGCCACGCCGGGGCAAGUUCCGCGGUCGCGAGCAUCACCGGAGCAUGGUGAAGGUGUCCAACAGGCAGACAAGCUACUGUGUCUUCUUGCUAUAGCAGCGCUGGCCUCACCGUGUACUCCACUGGCAUUUACUGUUCCUUCCAGCGUAUGAGAUAGCGCUCUGAACGGCGGGAGCCAGGAGACAACGUUACAAUGGCCGUCACAUUGCGGGACAAGCAAAUAGCCAGCAUAAAGCGAAUUCUGAACCUCAACGCGCCGAUCACAGAUGUAGACGCCCAGAAUGAUGCAAAUGAAGUAUCCGAGACCGCGACCGGCAGCGCAAUAUGGAAGGUGUUGGUCUUCGACGAGAUGGGGAGGGACGUCAUAAGCUCAGUCCUGCGAGUGAACGAUCUGCGAGCUUCUGGGGUCACAAUACAUCUCAACAUUGGAACAACGCGCCAUAUGAUCCCUGAUGUCCCAGUCAUAUACCUCGUCGAGCCAACAGCACAGAACCUCCAGACUAUUACCUCCGAUCUAUCUCGUGGCCUCUACAGCCCCGCAUACCUGAACUUCCUCUCCAGCAUACCUCGACCGCUUCUCGAAGACUUUGGUGCCCAAGUAGUGCAGACAAACACUGCGGAGCAUCUGGCACAAGUCUACGACCAGUAUCUGAACUUCGUUGUCUCAGAGCCAGACCUGUUCCACCUGAACAUGAAGGGGGCGUACCACACCUUGAACAGUGGGCAGACAUCAGACCAGGAGCUUGACAACAUCGUGGACCGAAUUGUAUCCGGACUGUUCUCGGUCGUUGUCACUAUGGGAGUCGUCCCUAUCAUCCGCUGCCCCAAGGGAGGUGCGGCAGAGGACAUCUGUGCCAAGCUUGACCGAAAGCUGCGAGAUCAUAUUCUGAACUCGAAAACAAACCUCUUCUCAGAUCACAAGUCUUCGGCAGUUACAUCACGGCCGGUGAUGGUUAUUGUCGACCGAAACGUAGAUCUGGUGCCCAUGUUCAGCCACUCGUGGAUCUACCAAAGUCUAGUCUACGAUGUACUCGACUUCCACUUGAACAAAAUCAGCAUUUCAGUCCCUGUCGACAAAGACCACCCCGAGAGAGGGGUCAAGAAGCAAUCACACGAUCUCACAGCGUCCGACUACUUUUGGGCAAGGAACGCGUCGCUGCCGUUCCCCAACGUUGCCGAAGACGUAACGAACGAAUGGAACAAAUACCAGCAAGAUGCAGACAACGUCACAAAGAAGACUGGCGCUUCAUCCCUUGACGAUCUGAACGGAGAGUCAAACCAGUUCGCAGCACAUUUGAAGGGUGCCAUGGCUUUGCUUCCUGAGCUGCGAGAUAGAAAGGCCACAAUCGAGAUGCAUAUGAAUAUCCUUGAGGCUGUCAUGGAGGGCAUCAAGAACCGAAAGAUGGACUUCUACUUCCAGCUUGAAGAAGAGCUAUCGAAGCAAACAAAAGGACAGAUCUUAGACAUCAUCAAGGACAACGACAAGGGCAACGAGCCACUAGACAAACUUCGACUGUUCCUCCAGUGGUACCUAACUACCGAAACCGAGUUGUCUCGCGGCGACUUCGACUCCUUCACGCAAGCCCUCGAGGCCGCAGGUGCCGACACCACAUCCGUCAAAUACGUCAAAUCCGUUCGCCAACUCACACGCAUGACAAUGAUCACCUCCGCGCCCGCGCAGCCCGCGCAAAGCACCUCACACCUAUUCGGCGGCUUCUCCAGCCUCUCAUCGCGUGUCACAGACCGCUUCAAAGAAGCUGGUCUGGGUGCAAACUUCGAAGGCGUACUGAGCGGCAUCAAAAACUUCCUGCCCACCAACACCGACCUCACACUCACCAAAAUCACUGAGUCACUCAUGGACCCACAAAACGCCUCAUCCUCCGCCAUCAGCAAGACCGAAUCAUACCUCUACUUCGACCCACGCUCCGCCAACGCCCGUGGCACCCUGCCUCCCGCAAGCGCAUCCCGCAACCAGCCGAACACUGUUGGUCGCGGCAUCGAAGCUACAUUCGGGCAGCGCAGGCAAGGCUUUAGUGAAGCCAUUGUGUUCACAGUGGGCGGUGGUAGUAUGGAUGAGUAUGGCAAUCUGCAGGAGUGGGCUAAGCGGACGAGCACCAGUACGCAGGGACCGGGGCAGAAGAGGAGGAUUGUGUAUGGGAGUACGGCGUUGUAUAGUGCGACGGAGUUUGUUACUAAGGAUUUGGCGAAAUUGGGGGCGGAAAGCUCGUAAGAGCAUACUCAGAAGGGAGUCUUGCACGCGCGAUGGGAGAAGUGGAAAGCAUAGGUUGAGCGCAGAUAUCGAGAUUGCAAGUGUCGAACGAUACUAU